AUGACUUCUUCCUCAGAUGAAGAGAUCUUGAAGAAAGGUCGUAAACAAAUACUUGAGGAUAGUAGCGAUUCAGAAGAUAAUGCACAAUUCAAACCUAAGAAAAGAAUUCUUUCUAGUGAUUCUGAUGAUAUCACUAUUCCAAAGCGUAAGAAAUUCUCGGAUUCAGAUGAAGAUGAUGUUAGAUUAAAGCCGAAACUUGCCCAACUUGAUUCUGAUGAUGAGCAAAUUCAAGAAAGGAAACGUCCUGAUUUUUCGGAUUCUGAUUCCGGUGAGCUUCCUCCACAAAGAAAGAAGGCUCCGAUAUUAAGUUCAGAUAGUGAUGAAUUACCAGCAAGAAGAUCAUCACAAGUUCUUUCAUCAGAUGAUGAAAAGAAAACGGCAAGCAAAUCAGGAGCUGGCAAUAAAGCUGCUGCUUUUGACAGCUCGGAUGAUGAAAAUACACCUCAAAUAAAGAGGAAAAUUCUUGAUUCAUCGAGUGAUGACGAUAUUCUUCCUGCAAAGCAUAAUAAUGUACCAUUUGAUGAUUCAUCAGAUGAGGAAAUCGGAUUACCAAAGAAAACUACUCUAUUUUCGUCUUCAGAUAAAGAAGAUAUUCCACCAAAGAAGAAGCUCUUAGAUUCAUCAUCUGAUGAUGAAGUCAACCUUCCAAUCAAACCAUCACAACAGAAAUCUGAUUCAAAGAAAAUUUUACUUGAUUCAUCUGAUGAUGAACAACAAGAAAACAAAAAUGAAAAAGAUAAAGCCCCUGUUCAAGAAAAAUCAAGUUCCGGAUCAGAAAGCAAGAAAUCAACUCAAGAACAAAAUUCGAUAAAAAUAAACGAACAAAAAACUACGAAAUCCGAAAGCAGUCCGGAUAAAAAGGAUAGCGAUAGCGAUUCUGAUAUUUCUAAUGGUGGAAGAAAGUAUCCUAUUGAAAUUGUCGAUAAUGAAAUCCGAACUACGCCAAAUCCAAGCCCUAAGGCUGCCAAACAGUCCACAGAAAAUAAAGAGCCUGAUUCUCCUAAUGAAUCAAGCAUCAAAAACUCGAAUUCUUCUCAAGCUCUCGAGCUCAUCGCAAAGAGACCUCCAACUUCAUCAAAAUCGUCAUCAUCCGAUAGCGAAGUACCAGAAAAUGGAAUUCCUCCUGUUCCUUUGAACGAAUAUAACAAAGAUAAAAAUGAAAACGAAGAAGAAAAGACUGAACAACCAGAAUCAAACGAAAAUACAGUUGAGCAAAGCAAAGAUGAGUCCAUUACAGGAAAAGUUGUUAAUACAGUUAAGAAAUUCCUUUCCGGAUGGGGUAAAUCGAACAACGACCAAAACGAUACCGUCGAAAAUACCGAAAACAAGGAGAAAAGUGAUUCUUCGGAAGAAGAAGAGGAAGCAACAUUAACUGCCCAACAAAGGUACAGUUUAUUGUCUUCUUCUGAUGAUGACAGUGAUAAGAAGCAGAAGAAGUCUUCAAAGUUGUCAUCUUCUGAUGAAAACAAAAAAGAUAAUUCUGAUUCAAACGAAAAAGAAGGAGAAAUUGAUAACGAAAAGAAUGAAGAAGCUAAUAACAACGAGGAAGAAGAUUUACAAGAAGAAAAACAAGCCAAAAAGUCUAAAUUAUCUUCAUCUGAAUCUUCCGAUGAAGAAAAGGUACAAAAGAAGAAAUCCACAGCUAAUAAUGAUGAAGAGGAAGACUUAGAAGAAGAGAAAUCAGCUAAAAAGUCUAAUUUAUCUUCAUCAGAAUCUUCUGAAGCAGAAAACGUACAAAAGAAGAAAUCUACAGCUAAUAAUAAUGAUGAAGAUGACUUAGAAGAAGAGAAACCAAAGAAAUCUGCUUUAUCUUCUUCAUCAGAUCAAUCUGAUGCGGAAAAGUCAAAGAAAUCCAAGCAGAAACCAAUGGAAUCGAAGUCAAAGACCUCAAACUUGAUCCAACAAGCACUUUCGACUUCAUCUUCUGACGAAUCUGAUGAAAUUAUCUCUAAAAAACCGAAAUCUACCCAAGAAGUCAAUGAAACAGAAGAAAAGGAAGUUGCAGAUAACGAAGAAGAGGACGGAAAUGACCAAAAGAGGCAAAGAUCUAAGAAGAGAAGAACAAUCAAGAGACACAGACCAAAAGAAGAGUAUUCUAGCGGUGAUUCAGAAGAAGGAGACUAUCAGAAGAGGAUUUUCCAGUCAUUUAAGAGAUCAAAUCGUAAUGAAAUCAGAAGAUUGAAGAAAGAGUCCGAAAAAUCCGAUGAAACGAUGAUGACUCUUGGAUUUGAUCCAGGAGAGUUCGAAAGAAAGGUCAAAUUCCAAAUGAUGAUUAAGCAGAAUUUAGAAUUAAUUUCUCUUGCUGAAAAGAACAUUUCUAUGAAGAAAUCAUUUGACAAUGGACUCAAAAUGAGAAUUAAUUUGGCUAUUAAGAAUAUCGACCAAGAAUUGGCACCAAAACAAACAAAUGAAGAAGAGGAAGUUACCGAGGAAGUAAAAAGUGACAAACAAAAUGAGCCAACAAAAACUGAAGAAGAUAUCGUUGUAGUUGAAGAGAAGACAGCAACAUCAACUACUACAAAGUCAACUAAAUCUAAAACAAGAACAACUCUCGUACAAAGAGUGAAAACUGAGGUGAAGAAGACAACUACUAAGUCGCUUCGACCAAAGAAAUAA